AUGGUUAUCAUUCAAUUUCGAGAUGUAAAUGAUGUUUAUUUGGGAUCUUCCACAACUGUACCAGUCAGUCUUACGAGAGACCAAAUCGAGAAACUUCUUAAAACAUUGUUGAAAGCAGAAAGUGAUUAUGGCGAGGAAAUAGAAAAAAACAGAUACACCUUUAUUUUGGAGACUAGCGAGGAAAUAAAAACUACUCUAGAUGAGGCUUUGUGUAGAUCUAGGGAGGAUUUCAGCGGAGAAUUGGUUUUUAAAAUCACCCCUGAUGGAGUUUAUUUGGCUUCAGGAUCAGGAGAUACCACAGUCAGAAUAUGGGACCUAGCUACACAGACACCAAUAAAAACAUUCACAGGCCAUACAAACUGGGUUAUGAGUAUCUCAUGGUCGCCUGAUGGUUAUACGCUUUCAUCAGGAGGGAUGGAUAAUAAGGUAAUUAUCUGGAACCCAAAAACAGGUAGCGGAACUGAUUUAAAAGGUCACACAAAGGCAGUGACGGCACUUUCAUGGCAACCGCUACAUAAUUUGAGUGCAAAUGAAUACCCACUAUUGGCAAGCGGAAGCAUGGAUUAUACAGUGAGAAUAUGGGAUGUGAAGAGUUUUGUAUGCAUAAGAGUCCUAUCUGGGCAUACAAAAGGAAUAUCUCAGGUCCUUUGGUCUGCAGAAUUCAAGGAAAGACUGUUCAGUUCAUCAAGAGAUACACUCAUCAAGGUCUGGAACACCAAUGACGGAUCACUUGUUAAGGACCUUAAAGGUCAUGGCCACUGGAUAAACACAUUGACUUCAAAUGUGAGUAGACUAAUUAAGAGUGGGCCUUUCUCGCCGGAGAAUUUUGAAAGUGGAAAGUGUAAAUUUGAUUCCAUGGAGCAAAUGAUAAAGGAGUCCAAAAAGAUCUACGAAAAGUUCAAAUUGGAGUCAGGACAAGAAAGACUACUGUCGGGGUCUGAUGACAAUACAAUGUUUAUAUGGCUACCUAACUCUGAUUCCAAUAAACCUGUGCACAGGUUAACUGGGCAUCAGCAGUUGAUAAACCACGUAAGAUUGUUGUUUGAUUACGUUUCCAGAAUUUGGUGUGGAAUAACUGGAAAAUACUUGAGAACACUGAGAGGACACAUUGGAAGAGUAUACAGAGUAGCGUGGAGCUGUAGAGGGAACUAUUUGGUAAGCGCAAGUUCUGACUCAACACUCAAGUUAUGGGACGCAGAAUCAGGAAAACUUAAGUUCGAUUUACCAGGCCACGCAGACCAACAUCAGGUAAUAACAAAUAAUCCUUGUUGUGUUAAAUGUGUUUUGCAGGCGGGAAGGACAAGGUGGUUAAAUUAUGGUGUCAUUAAUGACGAAAAAAUCACCAAAAUCGCAAUUUAUUUUAAUGAUUGUUUGUUGUAA